AUGGGGGGGGGGGGGGGGGUGGGGUGGGGGUUGGUGGGGGGGAUGGGGGGGGGGGGGGGGGGGGGGGUGUGGUGGGAGGACGAGAGAGCGGUUAAUGUGGGAGGGGGGUCGGGAGAGGGUCACCGUGUAGAGGACAUGGGGGGGGGGGAUCUAGGAGGGCGGCAGUUGGGGGGGGUUGUGGUUGGGGGGGGUGGUGUGAGGCAGGCGAAAGAAGGGAGAGGGGUGCAGGUCAAGUUCAAAGGAGGGGGGUGGGAGGUGUGCGAGCAGGGACAGUGGGGAGAAGGAGGGGACGGAGGGGGGAUUCACGUUGGGGUCGAGCACGGUAUCGUGAUGCUGGAAUCCGUGGUGGAGUGGGCGCUGGGUAGGUGGAAGGGAAAGGGAGGUGCACAUAAGCGCGGGACGGGGGGAGGUUGUUUUGGGGCUGAGGAGGUUCGAGUGGGCUUGAUCUUCUCUCGGGCGGUGGGGGGGCAUCGCGGCGGGCGUCCUCUUCAGGUGUCAGUACGAUAUUGUUUAGGGGGAGGGUACUUCGGGAAGGGAGGUGGAUGGAAGAUCUCUCCGCAUGGGGUGGCGUGGGGGGUCUACUGGUUAUAA